GUGGAAUAGGCCUACCAUUCAUUUCUAGAUGUGAUACAAUGACACCUCUCAGUAUUUUGAGAAACAAUUGGUUUAUUAUAGGAAUUGUCUUUGUAAUCAUCUUUGCCAAAUUCGACCCUGAUAUCGGUUCAAAGGGAGGUAUUCUGAAACCAGAAAUCACAGUAAAGUAUUUUGCUGUGUUCAUCAUUUUCUUUAAUAGUGGCCUGUCAUUGAAAACAGAGGAAUUCACCAAGGCUAUUUUCCAAGUGAAGAUUCAUGUUUUCAUACAAGGCUUCACAUUCAUUGUAUUCCCAAUGUUGAUGCAGACUUUGGCUACAGUACUAGCACCAGGGCCAUUUGAUAGAGACCUCAUAGAAGGUCUUAAGGUGCUUGGCUGCAUGCCUCCGCCAGUGUCUUCUGCUGUGAUCCUGACUAAAGCAGCUAAUGGAAAUCAGGCUGCAGCUAUUUUCAAUUCAGCUUUUGGAAGUUUUUUGGGUAUAUUUGUGACACCAACUCUCAUUUUAAUGGUGGUAGGUUCCCAAGCAGAUGUGCCCAUCACUACCAUCAUAGUCCAAUUGUGUAUGACAGUAGUUGUGCCACUCAUAACUGGCCAGGUUGUGCGGCACUUUGUAAGAGUAUGGCUGGAGAGAACACAUAUACCAUUUGGCAGCAUAGGAAGUGGAAUUCUGUUACUUAUUAUAUACACUACCUUCUGUGAUACAUUUUCUCAUAAGGAUAUCAACUUAGACGCCAUAAACCUCAUGUCUAUCAUACUGCUCAUUGUGAUAAUUCAGGCCAUUUUGUUGACAUUAAUAUUUGUUGUCUCCUCGUGGAGGUCAGCAGGAUUCCAAUCAGCGGACUGUCCGGCUCUAAUGUUCUGUGCCACACACAAGUCGGUCACGCUGGGUAUUCCUAUAAUAAAGAUAAUAUUCAGCGGUGACCCGUCCAUGUCCGUGAUUGCUAUUCCCCUCCUGGUAUAUCAUCCAUCACAGAUCUUACUUGGCAGUCUCAUUGUCCCAUUCCUUAGAGGCUGGCUAUUCACACAGUACCGACACAGAAAAAGCAUAGCCAGGAACGUAUGACCCGGAAAUGAAGUUGCAGCUAGUCAGGAAAAAGUAAAUCUCUAAUGCUUUGAUAUUUUGACUUCGUCUUUCAUUUUUAUCAGAAUUAUCUCACGAAGUAAUAUUUGUUAAGUUGGUGCAGAAAGCUGCUGCUAACAUGACAAAAAAUGUAUUUGAAACUUAGAUUAUAUACACCAUGCAUUCCAGGUUAGUAAGACACUAAUAACAAAUCAGCUAGGCUUUAGCCGGGAUAAUGACCCACAGUGUGCGUUUUAAUCGUUAUGAAACCGAUUUGUUUUUCUUCAGCCAAUUAACCUGUUAUUUAAUUCCAUGGUGUCACUCACAUUGAUAACCAAUUCCUAUUUAAUAAGCUGCUUUUCACACAUUUUUGUUAAUUAAGAAUUGUUAUAGUUGUCACUCUAUUACAUUCCAAUAUAUAUAUCAAAUGAUUGUUUUAGAGACUGAAAUAGUCUUGUCUUAUAAUGUACUGGACCAGAUUGUUUGCUUUAUUCGUAGUCCUAGCUACAAGUAAUGUUUUCAAUCACAAAUCAAAUUAACAGAUUGGAAUGAUGGGAGGUAUGGUUUUGGUUUUAUUUCUUAACGUUCUGUCAACAGCUAAGGUCAUUUAAGGACGUCCCUCCAUGUUUGCUGUGCAUGCGUGCUUUCGGGGAAAUUAUUUGUAUAAUGUCUCUGUAUAGAUUGUAGUUAAAACUUCCUGUUAUAAGUACCAGUUUUGUUUUGGGUCCUGUGUAUAAACUAAGCGUAUUAUGGUUAAAUAAUUUAUCAUUUUCUAUUCCAUCAUCCCCCCUGAAAAUGACAAUCGUGUUUUGUUCACGUGAAAGCUAACGCUGAAGACAAAUGCGUUUCAUAAAAGUAUGAGGUAUUGACAGAAUGCAACCAAAUUCAAGUUAAUCAAUGUUUUGUUGAAGUGGACACAGUACUGUCGACCAUUACGUCUUCAGGGUAUUGUGCGACUUUGGUGCGUUUAACACAGAAUAAUGGGGAAUCUGGGACCAAAGGGCGCGGCAGUCUUCAUUACUGUGGAAUCAAAUACAUCCUACUCCAGGGUAAAAUAUCUCUUUAUUAGGACUCCGUAUAUAUAUAUAGGGUCGUUGGUAUUGAAUUUUGAGAAGGAAAAUUAGGAUAAAACAUGAAGAAUUACAGAAGGGAACCCGAGUAGUCAAGGAAAUCAAUUUUCUGAUAUAUGAAAACAAAAACUUUGAUAUUUCAAGACUGCACUCCAGAGUACAUAUUGUAUUGAUGUACAACAUUCUGAAUUUUACAAAUGUCAUUCUGAAUAAGCAUAAAUCAUAACAUGACAAUUUUAUGUAUAAAAGUUUGGUUCUACUUAAAGUGAAUUAUUUCAUAUGUAUAUCAAUCAUGUUUACUGUAUUUAAUGUUACAAUUACUUCAAUGUAAUCCAAAACAUGGGCACAAUCCAUAAAUCAUAACAUGACAAUUUUAUGUAUAAAAGUUGGGUUCUACUUAAUGUGAAUACAAUCAUACGUAUAUCAAUCAUGUUUACUGUAUUUAAUGUAAUCCAAAACAUGGGCACAAUCCAUAAAUCUGUUUUUCUUUGUUAAGUUUGAAAUUUUGGAUUAUGGUGUUUUACAUUUAUUUUUGUAUAUGAAAUCCAAAUAAA